AUGUGGAAUUUUCAUCUAGUUUUUAUUUUACUCUCGAUUUCUACUGUUUUAGCUGAAAAGCAUCAAUGUUUCGUGCCAGUUCCGUACAAAUGCGUGAUUUUUGCCAAUGCAACACGGGAAAAUUACCAAAUUGAGCCGCAAGCUGUUAAUUCAAGUGACAUCACUAAUUUGGAUUUGAAUGGAACUCUUCCGAUUUUGGGACCAGAAAUUUGUGAAAAUCUCCCAAACUUAAGGAUAAUUUUUGCAAGUUACCUCGGAGUAGAAGAAAUUGCAGAAAACACGUUCAAAAGCUGCAAAAACUUGUAUAGAAUCGAUUUGGAUUGGAACAACAUCACAAAACUCUCGGAAAAUGCUUUUACUGGACUAGAAAAUUUGGAAAAAUUGUACAUCAGUGGCGGAAAUUUACAGGAAUUGAAAUUAAAUUUAUCCAGUUUGAUCAAUUUAGAACAACUUGGCUUACGAAAUUUGAAUUUGACUGAAAUUGAUCCCGAAAUUUUCAAAAAUUUAAAGAAUUUAAAGGAAUUGUAUCUCUAUGCAAAUCGAUUAUUCGACUUGGAUUUAGAAAAAAUCCUAAAUUAUUUACCGAAUUUGAAGAAAAUUAACAUUGUCGAUAAUAAUUUUAAAUGUGAUCGAGUAAAAAAACUCGUGGAACUUUGUGAAAAGUACCGGAUUGAGCUGAAAACUGAUGUGACAGUUAUCCGUACUCGUCAUUAUAUCCCAGAAAUGAUUGAAGGUGUUCAUUGUUUGACUGACGAUCAGUUUAAUUACGAGAAAAGUCAUUAA